UAUAAAAUUUUUGACAACCACGUUGAAAUGACAUCCAUUCUGAAAAAUAGGUUAUGUAUUAAUACAGCCGAAUCUUUAUAUGGUGAAAUACUGAUGCAAGUUUUAUAACAGAGUUGAAAUAAUACGUAAAUAUGACAGAAACGAAACCUCAGAUAAUUCCAAGAGUACCGGAAACGAUCAACUUUCCAGCCGAAGAAGAAAAAAUAUUAGCAUAUUGGAAAGAAAUCGAUGCUUUUAAAAACUGUCUCAAACAAUCAAAAGGAAAACCAAAGUAUACUUUCUAUGAUGGACCACCAUUUGCUACAGGAUUACCACAUUAUGGUCACAUACUAGCCGGUACUAUUAAAGACGUCGUAACUCGUUACGCUCAUCAACAAGGUUUUCACGUAGAAAGACGAUUCGGUUGGGAUUGUCAUGGUUUACCAGUAGAAUACGAAAUCGAUAAAACGCUUGGUAUAAAAGGGCCUGAAGAUGUAAUGAAAAUGGGCAUCGCAAAUUACAAUGCAGAAUGUAGAAAAAUCGUAAUGAGAUAUAGCGAGGAUUGGGAAAAAAUCGUAGGAAGAAUCGGUCGUUGGAUUGAUUUUAAAAAUGAUUACAAAACUUUGUAUCCUUGGUUUAUGGAAACUCUUUGGUGGAUAUUUAAACAAUUGUAUGUUAAAGGGUUGGUUUAUAAAGGGAAUAAAGUAAUGCCGUAUUCAACUGCUUGUAAUACUCCUUUAUCUAACUUCGAAACUGGACAGAAUUAUAAAGACGUUGUAGAUCCUGCCGUUACUGUUAAUUUACCUCUUAUAGAUGACAAAGAAGAUGCUGGUUUACUUGUAUGGACAACAACACCAUGGACUCUUCCUAGUAAUUUAGCAGCUUGUGUCCACCCUGAACUAAUCUAUGCUCGAUUCAAACAAAUUAGUACUAAAAAAAUUUAUAUAAUGUUAGAAUGUCGUAUUGAAACAAUCUUCCCAAUUGAAGAUAUUGAAAUACUAAAAACUUUCCCUGGUAAAGAACUAAAGGGGUUAAAAUACGAACCGAUUUUCAAUUACUUUUCUCAUUUAAAAGAUAAGGGUUUUAGGGUUUUUGUUGAUGAUUACGUAACAGCUGAGUCCGGGACUGGUAUUGUCCAUCAAGCCCCUUAUUUCGGGGAAGAUGAUAACAGAGUUUGUUUAGCUAACGGGGCGAUUGUAAGAGAUCAAGACCCUAUAUGUCCUAUAGAUGCUCGGGGGUGCUUCAUACAACCAGUUACCGAUUUUCUAGGACAGUAUGUAAAAGAUGCCGAUAAAAAUAUUAUCGCCAAAUUAAAAGAAAUGGGAAAACUUGUACACCAAUCACAGAUAAAACACAGUUAUCCGUUUUGUUGGAGAUCUGAUACUCCUCUGAUAUACAGAGCGGUACCUUCUUGGUUUAUUAGAGUCGAACAUAUGAGGGAUAAACUACAGAAAGUCACUUCUGAUACGUAUUGGGUUCCGGAAUUCGUUAGGGACAAACGGUUUGCUAAUUGGUUGAAAGAAGCAAGAGAUUGGUCAGUUAGUAGAAAUAGAUAUUGGGGAACGCCUAUACCGAUUUGGUCAUCUCCCGAUGGUAGUGAGAUAAUUUGUGUUGGUAGUAUUGCUGAAUUGGAAGAACUUAGUGGAAAAAAAGUGUCCGAUUUACAUCGAGAAAUCGUGGACGAUAUCGAAAUCCCUAGUCGUAUACCGGGAAAUCCUCCUUUAAAGAGAGUACCCGAAGUGUUCGAUUGUUGGUUCGAAUCGGGUUCAAUGCCUUACGCCCAACUCCACUACCCCUUCGAAAAUUCCAAGGAUUUCGACGAAAAUUUCCCCGCCAAUUUCAUAGCCGAAGGCAUCGACCAAACUCGCGGAUGGUUCUACACUUUAACCGUCAUAUCAACGGCCCUAUUCGGCAAAGCCCCGUUCAAAAACCUCGUCUGCAACGGUCUAGUAUUAGCCAGCGACGGUUUCAAGAUGUCCAAGAGUAAAAAGAAUUACCCGGAUCCGUUGGAGAUAGUCAACAAGUACGGAGCCGACGCUUUGAGACUCUACCUCAUCAAUUCUCCGGUAGUUAGAGCCGAAAAUUUGAGAUUUAAAGAAGAAGGCGUUAGAGAUGUCGUAAAAGAUGUUUUCCUACCUUGGUACAACGCUUUUAGGUUCCUAUUACAAAACAUUGAAAUAUACGUACAGGGUAAUGACAAAAAAUUCGUAUACGAACAAAAUAGUAUCGACAGCGAUAAUAUAAUGGAUAAAUGGAUAUUAUCUUUCACUCAAUCUUUGCUACUUUACGUUAGGAAAGAGAUGGAAUUGUACCGUUUGUACAACGUCAUACCGAGACUCACAAAAUUUUUCGAUUACUUAACCAAUUGGUACGUUAGAAUGAAUAGGAAACGAUUGAAAGGCGAAAACGAUUCCUAUUCGGCUCUAAUCACUUUGUUCGACGUUCUUUUGAACAUAAUUAAAAUGAUGGCGCCGUUUUCGCCGUUCUUAUCCGAAACUAUGUACCAAUACAUGAAGAAAUUACUCGAUACCCAAACGGAUAGCAUCCAUUAUUUGAUGUUGCCUACCCCGAAGGAAUCUCUGAUAGAUUUGAACAUAGAACGAGCCGUUGCUCACAUGCAAACCGUUAUCGAAUUAGGAAGAGUUGUAAGAGACAGAAAAACGAUUCCUAUCAAAUAUCCUUUACCGGAAAUCAUAAUUGUACAUAGAAAUCGACAAUAUUUAGACGAUAUUAUGUUAUUAAAAGAUUAUAUACAAUCGGAAUUGAACGUUAGAAAAAUUACUACUACAAAUGAUAAAACUAAAUUCGGUAUAACUUUGAGGGCCGAACCCGAUCACAAAAUAUUAGGUUCGAGGUUAAAACAGGAUUUCAAAGCUGUCACUUCCGGUUUGAAAGCUCUAACCGAUGAUGAAAUAAAUGGAAUCAUUGAAACUGGUUACGGUGUGAUCGUCGGUCGGCGGAUCGAAUUGUCCGAAAUGAGAUUGAUAUUUAAGGCCGAGCGAUUGAAUAGCGAUCAAUAUGAGGUGAAUAGCGAUAACGACGUUUUGGUUUUGAUGGACGUUACGCCGGAUUCUUCGAUGCAGGACGAAGGUACCGCCAGGGAAAUAAUAAAUCGUGUGCAGAAAUUGAGAAAAAAAGCCCAUCUCGUACCUACCGAUGAAAUUGUCGUUUAUUAUAAAACCGAAGGCGAUUUGAGUAGAAUCGCCGAUGGAUAUAAGGAAUUUAUCGAAAAUACCCUUAAAACUCCUUUUAGAAAAUCGGAGGAGAGAAAAAUUACCGACGAAAUUAUUAUAGAGGAGAAACAAAAUUUGAAAGAUUCCAAAAUUGAGAUAAUCUUGACGAAAAUUAACGAUAUCGAACAACCCUCGGUCAAGUGGGUUAAUAUACAGUUGGUGGGGUUGAAAUCGAGGUAUUGUAAAGGGUCUACCAAAGGUUUGGUACUAUUACAAGUCGGGAAGAAAGUAUUGAAAUUGGAUGAUUUGAUUGAGGAGGUGGAUAAGUUGUUCAAUAUCGAAAAUUAUAAAUUUUUGUUACAAAACGGCGAAGAAAUCGAUAAAAAUUUGGGAAAUGUUGAUGGAAAAGUGUUGUUCGUCGUACCGAUUGAUGGACAUGUGGAAUUGCCUAACGGUACGUCCGGACCGUUUUGUAAGAUAUUAAAUUUCGAUGAAAACGGCGUUAAAGGUACUAUAAUAUUGGAAAACCCCGUAGGAAAUCCUACGAAAUACCAUUAUCAAGAUGUAAUUAAACUUUGGAAUGAUGCUAAAUAAAUUAAUCGUUUACCCAUACUGUAUACAACAUAUAGUUUUAUUUCGCCGCUACCAGAUUUGUGAACUUGAUUAUUUUAAUAAAAUUUUAUUUCAAUUUUU